AUGGCCUCCACAUCAACACUUCCAACGCCAGCACGGCCAGUCACCAACCCUCCAACCGGCUCAUUGCCACCAAUCCCAACCCCCAAACCCAGGAGGAGUCUCCCCGCCGCGCCCGAUACGAGAUCCGCAUCCCCCUACAGACCCUCCGGAUUACGAACUCCCUCCAGCCCAAAACCCUCUCUCCGCUCGCCACUCUCCAGUUCAAACUCCACGUCCAAUCUGAGCACCGUCCGUUCCGCUUCCAACGGCCGUACCCCAAGUUCCCCCGACAAGUCCCUCCGCCGGACAAUCAGCAUUGCCUCGUUUCCCCAACCGCCAAAGGCGGCGGGGAGUUCUAGUCGGCCCUCAACCGCGUCGAGCGUGACUGGGGUUCCCGCCUCUGGUUCCACGGGUUCGGGGACGGGGACGGGUUCGGGAUCGAAACCCAAACGCGGUUCGCGCCUCAGCACCGGGACCACGAGUAGUUAUCGCAGUUCGAAGACACCGUCGUUAUUGAAUGGGAGUGCGGAUGGGAAGUCGAUUCUUGCUGAUGCGCGCGAUCCGGAGGCGUCGCCGGGUCAUAGUCGGAGUUCGUCGGCUCAGGGAUCGUGUUCGACGAGCGCGACGACGUUCGACGACGUCGAUGAUGCUAGUACCGCGAAGGGAGGAGAGGGGGGCUCCAAGAAGGAAAUGAAGGGUAAUGUUAUUGUCAGUGUACGUGUUAGGCCUGAUGCCCCGAAUGGUGAGACGGCCAGGACACAUGGUGAAUGGUCUGUUGAGGGGCGUCAGAGUCUUGUCUCUUACCGCGGUAAAGAGGGAGGGGAUUAUUAUUAUGAUAAUGUAUUCACCUCGCACGAAAAUAACGCCAAGGUCUACGAUUCCGCCGCAAAACGCCUCGUGCGACGGGUUAUGGAAGGGUAUCACGGCACGGUCUUUGCGUAUGGUAUGACAGGAACGGGUAAAACGUUCUCCAUGCAAGGAACGGCUACCUCGCCCGGUGUGAUUCCCCUCGCAAUCACCGAUAUCUUUUCUUUCAUUCGCGAGACGCCGCACCGCGAGUUUCUGCUUCGAGUCAGCUAUCUCGAGAUUUAUAAUGAGAAGAUUCACGAUCUGCUCUCUGCGCCUGCGGCCGGGAGUGGGCCCGCUGCGCAACAGGAAGAGAUCAAAUUGCGUGAGGACAGCAAGCGCGGUGUCUACGCUACGCCGUUGAAGGAAGAGAUUGUGCAGAGUCCCACCCAGCUUCUCCGCGUGAUUGCGAGGGGAGACCAUUCGCGCCGGACGAGCAGUACGCAGUUCAAUUCGCGGAGUUCACGCAGUCAUGCCGUGGUGCAGAUUGUCGUUGAGAGUCGGGAGCGUGUGCCGUCGAAUAAUGCGCAGGAUAAGCGGGCUGGGAUCGCUCCGGGUGGUGUGCGGGUUUCGACGCUGAGCUUGAUUGAUCUUGCUGGAUCGGAGAGGGCGGCGGAUGAUAAGGAGCGCCGGACGGAGGGUGCUCAUAUCAAUAAGUCGCUGCUUACGCUGGGUAACAUUAUCUCUGGGUUAUCGGAUAGCAAGGAGAAGCAGGCGAGCUCAGGGGAUGGUAGGCAUUUGCCUUAUCGAGACAGUAAACUCACGCGUCUGCUUCAGCCGGCUCUUUCGGGAAACUCACUGGUCAGUAUUCUGUGUACAGUCCAGUUGGUGUCUGGUGUCAACGCAAACACCGGUGAGACACUGAAUACACUCAAGUUCGCCGCGCGAGCAAAGAACAACAUUGUCAGUCAUGCCAAGAAGGCCGAGGAGGCAUACGGUGCUGGUGGCGGAGACUCGGGCAGUCGAGUAUUGCUGGAACGGUAUCGGAUGGAGAUCUCAGCGCUUCGCGGCCAACUCGAUACACAGGCCAAAGCCCAGGCGGAGAAGGAGCUCAAAUGGGAUGAGCAGCAAUUUGAGAAAGAAGCACAUGCCCGGCACGAAGAGCAAGUUUUGGAAAUGCAACUUGCUCGAACGGCGCUUAAGGAACGAAUCGAACAUCUCAACCGUCUCAUUCUGAGCUCCAAGUCGACAGGCGUGAAUAAUCACGGCAGCAUGUCGGCACUUGGACGAUUGUCACGAAUGUCCAGUAUUGAUAAUGGAACGCGCUCGCUCAGGUCUUCGGCCAGUCAAUCUACGCUAGGCGCUGGCUAUAGCCACUCCAUGCGGCCCAUUUCCUUCAUGUCGGUCACUAGCAAUGAUCCAAUGCCCGGGUUCCCAGGUGGAUCAUUUGGCCAUGAGGAAGAGGAUGACAUGGGUGAAUUCGGCGACGGCAAGGCCUCUUUACAACGACAAGUCACGGCCUUACAGGCAGACCUCGGCGAUAAGAAUCGGUACAUCUCCACCCUGGAACGACGACUCCUUCAAGCUCGACGCUCAAGUCACUCCCGCAUGUCGGUCGGUGUCAAGUCGACUACUUCCACGAUCGCCGAGCAUCCAGACUCGAGCGCUUUGCUGCGCGAGAAGGAUAUGGAAAUCAACGAGCUUCGCAUCCAACUCGAUGAUAAAGAUCGAAUGCUCGCUGCCUUGAGGUCUGCGGCUAGACACCGUGAUCUAGCUGCUAUCACUGGUGAUGCGCAGUCACCAGACCUCGCUCUCGCGGCUAAAGGGGAAAUUCCCACCGCGCCGAAUAGUCCUCCUACCACCAGCCAUGGCAGUGGCCCGACCCCAAUGGACAAGGGCGCGAGUCCGAUGGCGCCGCCGCCUCUACCUGCACACUUGAGGAACGGCGAUGGAGAAGGCGAGCGGGACCGCAAGAAGAACAUGGACGAGGUGUCGAAAAUGCUUGAUGAAAUGAUACAGGGCCGGGUGGAGGGUGGCCAUCUAGAGCGGGACUCUCUAGGCGCAGUGAAGAAUACCGUAGACUUUAGUCGUCGUGUAUCGACGAGUGCUGAGGUGCGAGGAUUGAAGCCGAGUCCGCCCACGCCUGUUCCUACCGCGCCGCUUCCAGCAAGUCCGCCAAAAUGA